AUGACGUAUGAGGUCAGCAUUGCACAUGCGCUGGGAGUUUCACAAGAUGCUUUGAGAGAAAUGGAAAGUGGAUUAUGUAAUCAGAUGGUUAGUCAUCAUAAUGAUACAGCUCAUCGUUACAGGAAUUUACGCAAGCACGAUACAGAAAACUCGCUACUGCACUCCCAGAAUACAAGCCUCUUGAAUCAGAAGAAGAAGCUUGAGACUGACAUAUCCCAGCUUCAGAGUGAGGUGGAAGAGGCAGUGCAAGAAUGCAGGAAUGCUGAAGAAAAAGCCAAGAAGGCCAUCACUGAUGCUGCCAUGAUGGCUGAGGAGUUGAAGAAGGAGCAGGACACAAGUGCUCACUUGGAGCGUAUGAAGAAGAACAUGGAGCAGACCAUUAAGGACCUGCAGCACCGCCUGGAUGAAGCAGAACAAAUUGCUAUGAAGGGAGGGAAGAAACAAGUCCAGAAACUAGAAGCUCGGGUGAGGGAGCUGGAGAAUGAAGUAGAAUCAGAGCAGAAAAAGAGCAGUGAGGCGGUGAAAGGAAUUCGCAAAUAUGAGAGGCGUAUUAAAGAACUGACCUACCAGACUGAGGAAGAUCGCAAGAAUCUGGUUCGUCUGCAAGAUUUAUUUGAUAAGCUUCAGCUAAAGGUCAAGGCUUACAAGAGGUCUGCAGAGGAAGCUGAGGAACAAGCCAACACACAUAUUAGCAAAUUACGGAAAAUCCAGCAUGAACUUGAUGAAGCAGAAGAAAGGGCUGACAUUGCAGAGUCACAAGUCAACAAACUGCGUGCCAAAAGUCGUGAUGUUGGUUCUAAGAAGGGACAUGAUGAAGAGUAAAGCUCAAAUGGACCUUCUGCGUGUCUCCUAUUUGUUGUAUUAGCUAUCCACGUAGCUCCUUUUCAGCCACACAGUAGAAUAAAGUUUAAUUGCAUUCA